GUACUGUGACCUACGCACACAAAGCUGCUUGAUAUGGCCUCUGCCCUGGACCCUAGGUUCAAGCUGAAUUACGUCAGUGAGGACAACAUGGGGUCAAUCCAAGCCAGACUGACAUCAGAGAUGGCAACGACUGUCAGUGUCGUGGAGAUGGGCCCUCCUGAAAUGGCAGAAACGCAUGGUGGUGAUGACACUGAGGGUGCUGGUGCACUCAAGAAGAAGACGACCUUGGGAAGCUUCUUCAAGGCCACUGAGGGCACAGCACCAGGGCCUCAGAGCCAGGGCUCUGAGCUACAGUCCUACCGCCAGGCAACCAUCCUGGACAGUGAGGAGGAGCCUUUGGACUGGUGGAGGGAACACCGGAAGCUGUUCCCACGGCUCUCCCACCUGGCAAGGAAAUAUCUUUGCAUUCCAGCUACCAGUGCCCCUUCAGAGAGGGUGUUCAGCACGGGUGGAAAUGUCACCUGUCACCGUGCAUCUCUGAAGCCAGACCAUGUCAACAGGCUGAAAUUCCUGCCUGAAAACCUUUAGAAAGGGCAGCAUUUGCCAUGUAGCCGAGACCUAAGUUCUUUUUAUUUGAUUAUAUGUUCAGGUGUAUUUAUUUUCAGUUAUUGCUUGACCUUGAGGGUGGGCUAGGCUAUAAGAGGAAGUCUCAGACUGACUAACUUCCCAUUGCUGAAAUACGUUAAGUGAUGUACAGUAGGUGACAGUGCACCAAUGUAGCAGUCCAGGUGAAUGUAUGUAUUUAUAGUUCAAGAAGAUUGUUUAUUCAAAAAGUGCAAUAAAAGUAUUAUGUUCCCAAAAUCAAUGAAUAAUCAUUUAAAAUAAUCGUGAUCUCAAUAUG